AUGAAUCUACCCUUGAUUUGGAUCGGGCUGUUUACUGCCGUCAGCUACCUCGUCAUCAGGAGCAUCUAUCGUCUUUACUUUCACCCUCUCAGCAACUUUCCUGGGCCAAAGCUAGCUGCCGUGACACACCUGUAUGAAUUCUACUACGAUGUAGUCAAAGGCGGAAAGUUUAUCUGGGAGAUGCAGAGAAUGCACGAUCAAUAUGGUAUGUACUGUACUACCAUUCAUAUCAAGGAUCCCUAUUACUUUGACCCCAUCUAUACCUCAAAAGGGCAAGCGAAAGAUCCGUACAUAGUCAGAACAUUUGCUACUCCCUUGUCCACCGCCGCCACAGUCGAACAUGAUCGUCACCGCUACCGCCGAGACUUAGUGAACCCGUUCUUCUCAAAGCGGUCCGUAAUGGGCGUGGACUAUAUAGUUCAGGAUAAAGUAGAUAAGGUAUGCAAGCGACUCACACAGGUGCACGAAAGAGGAACCGUGGUCUCGUUGGACGACUUGUUCGCUGCCUUAACGGCCGAUGUUAUCUCCCACUAUGCGUACGGGGAGAGUCUGGGAUUUCUCGAUACAGAGAAUCUGAAGAAUGAGUUUCGAGACGCCGUUGCUUCUGCGGGGUUACUAUGUCACUUCGCUCGUUUUUUCUUCGUCGUGUCGAUGGUUGCGGAGACCAUGCCAGCGCUGGUAGAAUGGAUGCAGCCGAGCUCAAAGGGACUGUGGGAAGCCAAACGCAUGAUAGAGCAGAUGGCAAGAUCUUCUCUCGAAAAAGAUCACGAGAAGAAUGCCAAUUCGAGGAAAACAAUUUUCGACGCCCUCUGUGCCGAGUCAGUGCGACCGGAGGAGAGGACGGUGGCAAGGGUCCGGGAUGAGGCGAUGGUUGUUUUCGGUGCAGGUACUGAGACUACAGCAAGAGUGUUAGCAACUGGGUCCUACUACCUCUACCGAGAUAAACCGCGCUUGGAGAAAUUACGAGCAGAGAUAGAGACGGUCAUGCCGGACUCGACCGACCACGUCUCUCUGACUCAACUGGAAUCGUUGCCGUAUCUUACCGCGGUUAUAAAUGAGUCUCUCCGUAUGGCGCAUAGUGUAACAAUGCGAUUGCCGCGGAUUUCGCCAACACCAUUGGCAUAUAAGGACUAUAUCAUUCCUCCAGGGGUAAGCCAUUUAGACGCCAUGGAAUUGCUGCGAUCUAACACGAGCCGUUCAGACACCGAUUCCUUCAAUCCGGAGCGAUGGCUUGAAGCAUCGAGUAAGGGCGAAAGACUGACUAAAUUCUUGGUCCCCUUCUCAAAAGGCUCCAGAAUCUGCCUGGGGAUGAACCUAGCGUACUCCGAGCUAUAUCAGAUGUUUGCUACUUUAGUUCGUUGCUUCGACCUUGAAAUCCAAACACCACCAGAAAGCGUUCGUAUAACGAGAGACUUCAUCAUCGGAUUGCCAGACGACGCGGACUACCUGAAAGUGCAUAGUCUGGUUACUAAUGCUCUGUGA